AUGGAGGCAGCGGGAGGCGGCGGAGCCCCGGCCCCGGGCAGGGCCCGGCCGGGACAGCCCCAGCCCCAGCCCCAACCACAACCCCUGCCACAACCCCUGCCACAGCCACAACCGCAGCCCAAGGGCCGGGAGCUCUUCAGGAGCCAGCGGAAGGAGUCCGAGGGCUCCGUGGAUUGUCCCAACCUGGAAUUUGAGUACGGAGAUGCCGACGGCCACGGCGCUGAGCUGGCAGAACUGUACAGCUACACUGAGGAGCCUGAGCUGAGCCACAACAGGAGAUGCUUCGAGGAGGACUUUCACACUCAAGUGCCGGACAGGAGGUGGCUGGAGCUGGACAGGGCUCAGCAGAAGGCCUAUGUCAUGCACCUGCUGGAUGGGCUGGAGGUGGUCAACAGGGACAAGAGGCUCAGAGUAGCACGGGCCAUCCUGUACCUGGCACAGGGUGUCUUUGGGGACUGUGAUAAUGAAGGGGAUGUCCUGCACUGGUCUCGGCACAACAGCUUCCUCUUGUACCAGCUGGGAACCUUCUCUGCCUUCCUGGAGCUUCUCAACAUGGAGAUUGAGAACAGCCAGGCCUGCAGCAGUGCCCUGCGGAAGCCAGCCAUCUCCCUGGCCGACAGCACGGAGCUCAGGGUCCUGCUCAGUGUCAUGUACCUGAUGGUGGAGAACAUCCGUGUGGAGCAGGAGACUGAUCCCCCUGAGUGGAAAACAUGCCGGGAGACCUUCAGGAUGGAGCUAAGUUUCCCCGUGCACACUGAGGAGCCGUUUGCUCUGCUGCUCUUCACGAUGGUGACCAAGUUCUGCAGCGGCCACGCUCCACACUUCCCCAUGAAGAAGGUCCUGCUCCUGCUCUGGAAGGUGCUCCUGUUCACGCUGGGCGGGUUCGAGGGGCUGCAGGCCAUGAAGGUGCGGCGGCGGGAGGAGCUGGGGCUGCCGCCCCUGCCCGAGGACAGCAUCCAGGUGGUGCGGGGGAUGCGCGCCGCCUCCCCGCCCACCUAUGCCAUCGAGCUGGUGGAGCAGCAGCAGCAGCAGCAGAAGCGGGGCCACCGCAGCCGCAGGCCCCUGAUGAAGCAGGACAGUUUGGAUAUCUACAACGAGAGAGAUCCCUUCAAGAACGACGAGGGAGGGGUUGAUGAAGAAGACAACGAUGACGUGGACAGCGGGAUCGAGGGGGAGCUGGACCUGAUGGAGCGGGACACGAUCAUCCCUGCCAUGCCAGCCCAGCGCCUGCCCAUCGAGAGGGUGUCCUUCCCCAAGGGGCUCCCCUGGGCCCCCAAAGUCAGACAGAAAGACAUCGAGCAUUUCCUGGAAGCAAGCAGGAACAAAUUCAUCGGAUUCACGCUUGGACAGGACACCGAAACCCUGAUAGGGCUCCCACGGCCAAUCCAUGAAAGCGUGAAGACCCUGAAGCAGCACAAGUACAUUUCCAUCUCAGAUGUCCAGAUUAAGAAUGAGGAAGAGCUGGAGAAGUGCCCCAUGUCUCUGGGGGAAGAGGAAGUCCAAGAAACCCCUUGUGAGGUCUUGUAUCGAGCAAUGUUGUACAAUCUCCCCCAGUACAUGAUUGCUUUGCUGAAGAUCCUCCUGGCUGCUGCACCCACCUCCAAGGCCAAGACUGACUCCAUCAACAUCCUGGCAGAUGUGUUGCCUGAAGAGAUGCCCAUCACUGUCCUGCAGAGCAUGAAGCUGGGCAUUGAUGUGAACAGACACAAGGAGAUCAUCGUGAAGAGCAUCUCGGCCCUGCUGCUCCUGCUCCUCAAGCACUUGAAGCUGAACCACAUCUACCAGUUUGAAUACGUGUCCCAACACCUGGUGUUUGCCAACUGCAUCCCACUGAUCCUGAAAUUCUUCAACCAGAACAUCAUGUCUUACAUCACUGCCAAAAACAGCAUCUCUGUCCUGGAUUAUCCACACUGCACAGUCUGUGACUUGCCCGAGCUCACAGCAGAAAGUCUGGAAGCCGGAGACAACAACCAGUUCUGCUGGAGGAAUUUGUUCUCCUGCAUUAACUUGCUGAGGAUCCUCAACAAGCUGACCAAGUGGAAACACUCGAGGACAAUGAUGCUGGUGGUGUUUAAAUCAGCCCCGAUCCUGAAGCGUGCCCUGAAGGUGAAGCAGGCAAUGAUGCAGCUCUACGUGCUCAAGCUGCUGAAAAUCCAGACCAAGUACCUGGGGAGGCAGUGGAGGAAGAGCAACAUGAAGACCAUGUCUGCCAUCUACCAGAAGGUUCGGCACCGCAUGAACGACGACUGGGCCUAUGGCAACGAUAUCGACGCGAGGCCGUGGGAUUUCCAGGCUGAGGAAUGCACGCUGAGAGCCAACAUCGAAGCCUUCAACAGCCGCAGGUACGACAAGCCGCAGGACUCGGAGUUCGCCCCGGUGGACAACUGCCUGCAGAGCGUGCUGGGUCAGCGCCUGGAGCUGCCCGAGGACUUUCACUACUCCUACGAGCUCUGGCUGGAGCGGGAGGUGUUUUCGCAGCCCAUUCGUUGGGAGGAGCUGCUGCACUGCCAGUGACA